AUGCAUAAAGAGCCAGCUUUGGUCAAUCCUAAGGGUGUACUCCUCCUCUAUGACAAUACUAGGCUGCAUGUGGCUUGGGAGGCCAGGGAUACCAUCCAGCGACUGAGCUGGGAGACACUACCCCAUCCACCAUGCUCCCCAGACCUUGUGCCAACAGACUACCACCUUUUUCAUAGCCUGGACAACCAUCUUUGUGGAAAAUCCUUCAACAACCGGCUGACCUUGAAAAGGUCCUCACAGACUUCUUUGCAUACUCCUGAGUUUUACUGCGAUGGCAUCGCACAGCUAGCCACUCGUUGGCAAAAGGCACUGGAUGCCUAUGGUGAUUACUUUGAGGAUUAG